UUCAGGAAGCAGCAGCCAUAGUCAUGGACACUGAAGGAUCAAAGAAUUUAAAAGUUGACCCAGAGAAGCUGUUCACCAAACUAGAGAGGAUUGGAAAAGGAUCGUUUGGAGAGGUCUUUAAAGGCAUUGACAAUCGCACGCAACAGAAGGUCGCUAUAAAGAUUAUUGACCUGGAGGAGGCUGAAGAUGAAGUGGAAGACAUCCAACAGGAGAUCACAGUCCUCAGCCAGUGCGACAGCCUCUUCAUCACUAAAUACUAUGGCUCUUAUCUGAAGGACACAAAACUGUGGAUCAUCAUGGAAUAUUUAGGAGGGGGUUCUGCUCUGGAUUUGCUGGGACCUGGAGCUCUUGAUGAGUUCCAUAUCGCCACCAUCCUCAGAGAGAUUCUGAAGGGUCUGGACUACCUGCACUCCGAAAAGAAAAUUCACAGAGAUAUUAAAGCUGCGAACGUCCUGUUGUCAGAGCAGGGUGAUGUGAAGCUAGCUGAUUUUGGUGUGGCCGGGCAGCUCACAGACACCCAGAUCAAGAGGAACACGUUUGUGGGCACUCCAUUCUGGAUGGCACCAGAGGUCAUUAAACAGUCAGAGUAUGACUCAAAGGCAGAUAUCUGGUCAUUGGGCAUAACUGCAAUCGAGCUAGCAAAAGGAGAGCCACCCCACUCUGAUCUUCACCCCAUGAAGGUGUUAUUUCUCAUCCCUAAGGAAAACUCACCCACACUGGAGGGAAACCACAACAGAACUCUCAAAGAAUUUGUAGAUGCCUGUCUCAAUAAAGACCCCAACUUUAGGCCAACAGCUAAAGAGCUUUUGAAACACAAAUUUAUCACUCGAUAUGCCAAGAGGACAUCAUUCCUGAUGGAUCUUGUUGACAAGUACAAGAGAUGGAAAGAAAAACAGGCCCGCGAUGAGUCCAGCUCUGAUUCAGAAUCAGAUGACAGUGAAGCAUCUGGAGAGUCUGUGGCUGAUGACUGGAUCUUUGGCACUGUCAUAGGACAUAAGCCCACAGUGAAACACAAUGGAGUCGUAAAAAAAGAACUACACAAAGAGGUUCCAGACAGUGCAAAGAAGCCUCCGCCCAAGAGCAAAGAGUCCAAGUCCUCUAUUAUUUUACCAUUGUUUGCAGAGCUGAAGCAGAAGCAAGGUGUUUAUAAGCCGGCGGUGUUAGAGGAGCUGAAGCAGGCCAUGCUCCUGGCUGAAGAGACAUGUCCCGGGAUCACUGACUCGAUGGUGACGGGGGUGGUUCAGAGAUUAAAGAGGUAUUUACAGCACCCUGCCUGCAUUGCCCAAUACGUGUGAGAGUCUGAUGUGUGUUUUCUGUGUUUUCAGGUUUUCGUCUCAACACUAACUGAUGCUCAGUGCCUCUGAAUGAAGACUCUGUCUCUGUCUGUCUGUAUUAUGUAUUUUCUGCUGUUUUAUUAUGGUGGGAUUGUGAAUAAGCCAUUUACAAUCUGAGUUACUUGCUGUCUGUACAUAAGUGUAGAACGUGGACUGGAUUUGUUUAAAGACCCCAUGGAAUCAAUAAUUCCUCAAUAAUUCCUGUAAAACAAAGACUGUCUCACUGUCAGCUCAGCUCAGCCUAUAAAUGCCUCAAAACUCAGAGAUACAGUAUCAACUAAAAUCUACAAAUUUUGAUCUCAAGGGGUCUGUUUUUGUUGUUGUUUUUUGUAUGUUUUUGUUUUUUACAGAGCUGUAAUUUGUGCAAUAAUCCUUUUGCUAGCAUUGCUCUUAGAGUUUGAAAAAAAGACUGUAAUAUUAAAAUAAUUUUGCUCUUUUUUGCCCUUUAACAUAUUUGUGAUUCUUUAGAUGGUCAUUUCUUUUUUUCCGUACCUCUACAAGGCUUAUUUUUACUCUAUUUCUAUUCUAUGCUGUGGCAUUUUAAAGCUGAAAUGUGUGUUUUUAAACCACUAGCAAUUAGAAUUGCAAAAUAACAACAAAAAUAUAGGUUUUGCAAAUUUUCCCCCAGUCUGUCAUUGGUUGCCAAUAGCCUACAAUUGAUUUAUAGUUGAUUCUGUAUAAGCCAGAACAGGAGAAAGUGUUUCAAAAAUAGAAAACAUAGACUUGCACUAUUCAUUUACUAACUGCUUGUUUUCUUAAAAAAAAAAAAAAAACUAACACUAGCUUCUCUAUUCUUUUUGUAUUAUAUUUGUUUUCUUUUAUUUAUUAUACAAUUAACAAAAAGCAAAAAAGGCCUCUAACACUAGCUUUCUCUAUAAUUUUUUCUAUUCUGUUUUCUUAUUAUACAGUUUAAAAAAAAAAAAAACCUUGCUACGUGUACUGCAGAAGGCUAACUGAGACUUGUCGUAGCAAUUGCAUAUCAAUGUUCCUUUGUUGAUUUUGAUUGCUUCUGUUGUACUCAUUUUUAAGUCGCUUUGUCAUUUAGCAGAUGCUUUUAUCCAAUGUAAAUGUAAAAAUAAUAAAGAUCUCAUUCUGUGUAAAAUCCAUUAUAUACUUCAUUU